AUGUCUAUAUCCGUCUUCGAGCACCCGUCCGCCAAGAUCAAGAUCGGUACCAUCCUUUUUGUGGUGGCAUGCAAACGAUCAGCUGUCGGGAGAGGAGAGCGGCGGGCGCUGUUCGCUGUAGGGCUUUCCUUGCCAUUCCUUGCCGUUCGACUCCUCUAUUCCGUCUUGAUGUGGUUCUUGUCUAGCUCGACCUUCAACUUCAUGGAUGGCAACCCCACAGUCGAGUUGGUGAUGUCUGUUCUUGAGGAGUUUGCAGUGGUUAUUAUCUGCACGUGGGUUGCUCUUACCUUGGAAGUGAAGAAUGACCAAAGAAAGCGGGGUGAAGGUCAUAUUCUGUUAGGCUCGCAUCAACCGGUUGAAUAG